AUUUGAAUCCCCUUAACCGAUUUUUGUCCAGUUUGAUUCAAGGCGUGAUACUCGGGCGUGAUAAGACAGUCACAGGCGGGGGAUUUCAAGUUGAAACAAUAGUUGAAAUAAGGUAAAUUACUUGUAGACUGUCAAUAUGGUGUCCUAUAAAAUAUCAGUUAAAACUGGUGACAAAAAGGGAGCUGGGACCGAUGCCAAUGUAUAUAUAAUACUGCAUGGAAAAGGUCCUCAGACAAGCAAGUACAACCUUGAUACGUUCUUUAAAAAUGAUUUUGAAGAAGGCAGUAUUGAUGACUAUACAGUUGAUUCUGAGGUCAACAUACCCGAAGUUCAAAGAAUCGAGCUAUGGCGAGACAAUUAUGGUUUACUCAGCAACUGGUAUUUAGAUUGGAUCGAGGUAACCAAUGUGGAAUCUGGCAUCACGUCUAUAUUCCCUGCAAUGAAGUGGAUCAAGGCAGACUACCAUUACCUUUUUAACCACAUAGACACAUGCCUGCCACAAGAUGAUCCUUUCAAACAAAAGAGAGCUCUUGAAUUACAGACUAUAAAGAAAGACUAUCAGUUACAAGUGAAAGUGCCUGGACUACCUGCCCAGGUUAAAGAUUUACCAGAUGAUGAAAGUUUUUCAUUUGAUUAUAAAUUCAACAUUGGCAUGAAGUUAAAGACAUUUGCAGUAGAAAGUAAGAAGAUAGUUAUGGCCAAUGGCUUGAACUGGAAGGAUUUAGCUGACGUCAAGACUGUGUAUAUGCCAGUCUUCGGUGUUCCAGAGAAUUCAGAAUAUUUCAAUGACGACGCAGAUUUUGGCCGACAGAGACUUGCAAGUUUGAACUCUUUACUUAUCACCUUGUGUACAGCAAUCCCAGAAAAGUUUGGAGUGACUGAAGAAAUGGUCAAGCCCUUUUUGGAAGGCAAGACUAUAGAAGAAGCCAUGAAAGAAAAACGACUUUUCAUUAUUGAUUUAGCGCUCUUAGAAGGUUGCCCUGCAAAGACAGAGGACCUUGUUAUAACUUGCCCAUUUGGCUUGUUUUAUUUCAACAAUGCCAACCAUCUUAUGCCGAUAGCUAUACAGUUAUUUCAGCAAAAAGGAACGGAUAACCCAGUAUUCUUACCCUCAGAUCCUGAGUACACGUGGAUGAUGGCAAAGAUGUGGUAUAAUCUGGCUGAAGCUCACUACCACCAAGCUCUAACUCAUUUGAAUCUCACCCAUUUUAUGAUGGAAGGAAUAUGUGUAGCAACAAAGAGAAACCUUUCACCAUCACAUCCUAUUUGUAGAUUACUUACUCCUCAUUUUAUGUACCUGAUCGCUAUAGAUUUUCUUGGUCUUGGAACUCUGAUAAACCCAGGAGGUAUCUUUGACAAAACUUCAAAUGGUGGAAUUAAUGGUGCCUUCUUCUUAAUGAGAGAAAGCAUGAAGUUUUGGAGAUUAGAUACACAUGGAACUUUACCAGAAAAUCUCAAGAGCAGAGGGGUUCUUGACCAGUCUGUUUUAAAAGAUGCCUAUCAUAUGAGGGAUGAUGCUCUUAUCCUUUAUGAUGCCAUCAAAACUUACGUUCAGAAUUAUGUGACUCAUUAUUAUUCUGUAGAAGGAUCAUUUAAGGCAGACUAUGAAAUACAGAACUGGGGCGCAGAAAUUGUAAAGAGCAGGGAUGAUGGUGGUGUAGGAAUUUUGGGAGUUCCAAAUGACGGCAAAUUUGAAACAAAUGACCAGUUAGUGGUGACAUUGACAGCCAUUAUCUAUACAUGCAGUGUUGCCCAUGCUGCAGCUAACUUCCAACAAUAUGACGAAUACGCAGCUCCAUUUAGAAUGCCAUUUGCAAUGCAUGGAGUUCCUCCUAAGGAUAAGAACCAAAUUGAGAUUGAAACCAUAUUGAAGACUAUUCCUAACAGAGCUGAACUUCUCGAGUUAAUGUCAAUCACAAAAGUUCUUAGUGAGAAAGCAACACAAAGUCUGGGUGAUUUUGAGAAGCAGUUGAUUGUAGAUCCACCGGCGGUCAAAAUUGUAAACGAGUUUCGACAAAGCUUAAGGAAUGUUGGUAAAAUAAUUGACGAGCGCAACAAAAUAAGGGAAAAUCCAUAUGACUGGCUUCAUCCAACAGCAAUACCGAAUGCCAUUAGUAUUUGAAGUUUCUGUCUGCGUUAUUAUAACUGAAGAAUAUCGUACAACAUGCACGAAUUUCUGAGUAUCUCUAUUUAUUUGUCAAUGUUGUCUCUAACUAUAUGAUUUAUCUGAAAUGUGUAUUUAUAUGAUAAGCACAAUGUAUCGUACUUAUUAAAGAAUAAAAAAAUGAACAUAA